GGGCGUGCGGGCGUGCGGGCGGGCGCGCGGGGCCCGGCGGCGGAGUAUGCGCGGGUCUCGGCGGGCAGCCCCGGCUCACAGCCGCGGCCCGGGCGCGCGGCGCGGGGCGGAAAAGCCUGUUUACACAGACUGCACACCGCCUGGGGAAUAAUGCAGUAAAGGAAGUGAGCCGGCUCGGCCUGACUGCUCCAACUUCCUGCUCUCACACACACCAGAGGGGGAAAAAAAAAGAAAGAGGAGCGAGAGAAAGAAAAAAAAGGGGGAAAAAUCAGGAUCUCAUUACAGGAGCAACAGACCGUCUGCAGACGCCUGUCAGCAUGGAAAGUCGGGGGCUUUCGCCCGGGUCCUCCUAGAAAUUCCCCCGGAGAAGGAUCUUGAAAGCUCCCCCACAUCUGGGUAUGGAGAGUGCAAUCACGCUGUGGCAGUUCCUGUUGCAGUUGCUGCUGGACCAGAAACACGAGCAUCUGAUCUGCUGGACCUCGAACGAUGGUGAAUUCAAGCUCCUCAAAGCAGAAGAAGUGGCCAAGCUGUGGGGACUCCGCAAAAACAAGACAAAUAUGAACUACGACAAGCUGAGCAGAGCGCUGCGAUACUACUAUGACAAGAACAUCAUCAAGAAGGUGAUUGGGCAGAAGUUUGUGUACAAGUUCGUCUCUUUCCCAGAGAUCCUGAAAAUGGAUCCUCACGCGGUGGAGAUCAGCCGGGAGAGCCUUUUGCUGCAGGACAGUGACUGUAAGGUCCCUCCCGAGGGCCGCGAGGCCCACAAGCACGGCUUGUCCGCCCUCAAAAGCACAAGCCGCAACGAAUACAUCCACUCAGGCCUGUACUCGUCCUUCACCAUUAACUCCCUGCAGAACCCCCCAGAGACCUUCAAGGCCAUCAAGACAGAGAAGCUGGAGGAGCCGCCCGAGGACAGUCCCCCAGUGGAAGAAGUCAGGACUGUGAUCAGGUUUGUGACCAAUAAAACCGAGAAGCACAUCACCAGGCCGGUGGUGUCCCUGCCUUCCACGCCCGAGGCCACGGCGGCGUCCGCCUUCCUGGCCUCCUCUGUCUCAGCCAAGAUCUCCUCUUUAAUGUUGCCAAAUGCCGCCAGCAUCUCAUCAGCCUCGCCCUCCUCCUCUCGGUCCCCAUCCCUGUCCCCCAACUCACCGCUCCCGUCUGAACACAGAAGCCUCUUCCUGGAGGCUGCCUGCCAUGACUCGGAUUCCCUGGAGCCCUUGAACCUGUCGUCAGGCUCCAAGACCAAGUCUCCAUCUCUUCCCCCAAAGGGCAAAAAGCCCAAAGGCUUGGAAAUCUCUGCGCCCCCGCUGGUGCUCUCGGGCACCGAUCUCGGCUCCAUCGCGCUCAACAGCCCAGCCCUGCCCUCGGGAUCCCUCACCCCAGCCUUCUUCACUGCACAGACACCAAAUGGACUGCUUCUGACCCCGAGUCCACUGCUCUCCAGCAUACACUUCUGGAGCAGCCUUAGUCCAGUUGCUCCAUUGAGUCCUGCCAGGCUGCAAGGGCCAAACACGCUGUUCCAGUUCCCCACACUGCUUAACAGCCAUAUGCCAGUGCCAAUCCCCAGUCUGGACAGAGCUGCUUCUCCAGUACUGCUUUCUUCAAGCUCUCAGAAAUCCUGAUGACGUCUGGCUGCAAUUAAGGACUCAUUAACUGAUCAAAUUUGUCCCCAUGGGCUAGUUUACCUGUGUCAUGAGAAGGACAUUGUGAAACCCUGUCAAUUUGGUUUGCACUUUUCAUAACAUGGACAGUCUACAUUUAUGUUAGCAUUUUAAAAACUUUUUUUAUAUAUUCAAGUAUAUAUGAAAAUCCGUUUGCAUUAAGUGACUUUUAAUGUUUUGUUUUUAUAUCCUCUUAGCUCUUAAGUGUUGAACACUGUUGACAGUGAAGAACUUUUCUUAAUGUUUUCAAUAUAACUAAUAAGGAUGUGAACCUUUUUUCUCUUUAAUUCUGCAUAUGCUGAACUGUGCUUGUAUACACACUAUAACCAGCUGUGCCUUCCUUUGCAUUUAGUUUUAUGUAAAUGAUUUAUAUAUUUUUAGUAUUAAGAGAAAAU